AGAACAACAUCUGGGGUAGCUCCAGUCUUCCCUCUUAAACCACACCCACAGACACAUUUCUCAACACUGCGCUUCUCUACCUGUCGAAGAGAGCCAAUUCUCUCUGUUAAAGGACUAAAACAAUAUUAAAGCAGCAAGAAAUCCGUUGUAAAUACAUAUAGUCGCGUGUCUUUUCAGCUUAAAAUGGAUUAACACUUCUUUGGUCUGAAGAUAAAUUACUACCAGCAAGAGAGGAAUCACAGAGAAGACAUAUUUGACUGCCAGCCAAGGACAUGGACUGGAAGACCUUCCAAGGCCUCCUCAGUGGGGUGAACAAAUACUCGACGGCAUUUGGGAGGGUAUGGCUGUCUGUGGUGUUCGUGUUCAGGGUGAUGGUGUACGUGGUGGCGGCAGAGCGAGUGUGGGGAGAUGAGCAGAAGGAUUUUGACUGCAACACCAAGCAGCCUGGCUGCCCCAAUGUCUGCUACGACCACUUCUUCCCCAUCUCCCACAUCCGACUGUGGGCCUUGCAGCUCAUCUUUGUCACCUGCCCAUCCUUAAUGGUGGUCAUGCACGUGGCAUACCGUGAUGACCGUGAGCGUAAGUACAAGGCCAAGCAUGGUGACAACAAUAAGCUGUACAUCAACACAGGCAAGAAACAUGGUGGUUUGUGGUGGACCUAUCUGAUCAGCCUUUUUGUAAAGACGGGCAUCGAGAUCUCCUUCCUGUACAUCCUGCACCGUGUCUACGACAGCUUCUACCUUCCAAGAUUAGUCAAAUGUGAGGUGUCGCCUUGCCCCAACCAGGUAGACUGCUACAUUGGCCACCCGACUGAGAAGAAGGUCUUCACCUACUUCAUGGUUGGAGCUUCAGCACUCUGCAUUGUCCUGAAUAUCUGCGAGAUCAUUUAUCUCAUCUCCAAGCGCAUUGUACGCUGUGCAAAUAAGAUGAAGAGGCACAGUCGGAACGUGGUCAUUCAUCAAGACAACUGCAACGACAACCCCUUCAACAACUGCAAUUCAGCCACAUCAAACCCAGAAUCGAAGGAAAAGCCUCUACCUGACAAGACUUUGUACAAGUCUGGAUACAGACCGGCAGGACUCAAACUUGAAGAAAAGAUUCGGGCCUCUGCCCCAAAUCUGUCCUGGACUUGAUAAUUGAAAACAAAGACAAAAUCAGGCAGAAGAUCAAGUGAUCAGUAGAGCUUGGGCUAGAACCCAACAGCAAACCUCAGAAAACAGACUCAGAACUAUGAGCCAAACUACACUAUGUGUCAGACCCUGGAAGUUGAGUCAUCAGCACUGGAUUCUUCCUGUGGGCCCCUGUGUCCACAUCUAAGACUCUUUUUGAGUGCCUGAACUUUGGUUUCCAAGUCAACAUCCACAAUAUUUACAAAUCACUUACAACCAAAUUGAUUUGUUAAUGAUAUGUGGGUUUCUUUUUUGAAUACAAUAAACUGUGUGCCUAUUCAACUGAACCCCUUCACCCAUAUUAGAACAUUCCAGUGAAGUUUGUCUGUCUUGAUGUGAUUGGAGUUUUGACACGGCAGGGCAAGGACCUGAAACACUGCACACAAGAAGGUAGGACACACCUGGCAGAGGUAUUCACCCUCCCUGCCAGUGUCUACAGUGGUGUGUCAGGGUGUUCUGUUGUCACUGAGGCCCCCUGAUGCACAUUUCAGUGGUCUCUUUUAUUAUUUAUAAGGUCUGGUGUCAGGGAUCUAGUGGCCUCUAGUGGGGUGGUUGAACCAGCUGGACAGCCCCUGUUUCACCAUCCACUAUAGUGGCUGCUAAAAACACAAAAGGUCUUCUUCAGAGCCAGUGUUUGGUUUGUCCCUUCUGGGCUGCUGUAGAAACAUAUCGGUGGAACAUGGCAAACUUCGUGGAAGAGGACCCCAGGCCCUCUACAGAUAUGAAAGAUUUACUCUAAGUCGGUGAAGACACAGUGAUUCUUAGCUUCAGGUGAAUGUACAAAUUUAUGAGUAUUAUAUUCAAUUUCUGACCUUAAAUCCUACAUACUAGCCCUUUAAGUCAGUUGAACUCAUACCUUCGUCACAAUUUGCUGUACUGCUGACCUCAAGUCAUCUGAGAAGGGUAAACAAUUCUGCAGAAUGUGGACACUCCAAAGUCACGAGUUAUGAGUUAGUCAAGUUAUGAAUAAGUAAUACUUGGUCCAAAAUGAGUGUUUUAACUGCAUUUAUUUUCUCAUAUGAGAUUCAAUACUACAACAUACUACAUAUAUCAUCGGUCUGUCUCUUUAACUAAAGCCCUGGCAGGCAUAUGCUUGGUCUCAGGUUUAUGCUGCACAGCCACACGCUGCACAUAGACUUCCUGUGUUUUAACAUGCUUGUACACAAACUCACCUCAUCCAAGGCCACUGUUGAUUAAAAUAAGGCAAAAGGAAUGCUGCUGUUUAAUUCUGUGUUGUCAGAGCUGAAGCACAGUGGAGGAGGUGGGAGAAAGUUUGGACCAAGAGAUGGCUCAUUAAAAUAUUAAGAAUUUUUGAGUCCCUAAUUGUCCACUGUGGACAUCAGGUGGAAAUGUCUUUUCUGCACUUGUUUGUAUUGUGUAAUUUUUUUUAUACAUUUAAAUGUAUUAAAUCUAUUAAAAAAUGUGUUUCUGUUUAGUGUUUUAACAGUAAGAACUUCACAUUGAUGCAGUGUUAAUUUCAUUUCUGGCAUGUGGUUUGUAUUUGAGAAAUUAUUUCAGAUUUAUAUACCGUUAAGUAAUAAUUGAUACUGUGGGACAAACACUAGCUUUCUAAACAAACUUAAGUUGCUGCCUUAAGACAGUACAAACAUUUUGUCCUCACAUUCCCCUACUGUCUGAUCAUUAUUAUUAUUAAAGUAGAUUUUUUUCCAUU